UAAUAUAUCUCUCUCUCUCUCUCCCUCUGUGGCCCUCUCUCUCUCGCGCUCGCUCUUGUGUUUGUCUGUAUGUAUUAAGUUACCACCCAAUCGAGCCCCAGUGUUCCCAAAUCUCCCUAUCAAUCAAUCCAUCUAUAUUCCUUUCCAUUCUCAUCUCUGUCUUUUCGCCCAAUUAUUCUCCAAUUGACAUAUACCAAAUCAAAAAGGUGAAUGAGUUGAAAUCAAGCGGAUUGCAGUGGUUUACAUCCAAUUUUAUCUAAACUGGAGUCCUUGAAAUGUUGGGGUUGAAUCGAAAUGGAAUUAACUUGAUUAGCUGCUUUUUUCACUUUUCGGAAUGGCAUCCUUUGGAAUAGCAAAGCUUAGUUAGGGCUUCUAGCCCUUUUCGGCAUCCCUCCCUGCUUAUAUAAUUAAGGGUCGGGGGAUCAGACAUAUCUACUGCAGUAUAUUUUAUUUCUUUAAAAGAAUCAAAGAUUCGCAUGUUUAUUAAGAGGUACUUUAUAGGAACAGCAACGGGAAUGGGUUGCUGUGGUUGCUUUGGAUUUUCAUUGGCUAAGCGGUCUAAAAAGAUGGCAGGGCCUACCGUGCCCUAUGGCAAUCGCUUGUCACAUGAGUUGUUGCUGGAUGAAGAUAUUGAAGAUGAAGAUGAUGAUUGUUCAUAUAAUGGCGAUAUAACUGAUACUUAUGAUGAUGGUGAUGUAACUGAUACUGGAAACGGGGAUGAUAGUGAGUUGCCUGUCACUGUAAAGCGAUCUGAAGACAUCAUUCUGUACAGAACUCAAAAUGGAUUAAUCUGCAGAGAGUUUCCUGUCAAGGAGACUCGGACAGUCAUCCGCUCCGAGGAUGAGGAUGGGAUCAAGACGGUUAAUGAGUACAUUCGUGAGUACAAGAUCGGCUCUGGUAGCUAUGGGAAAGUGGUUUUGUAUAGAAGUCGUGUUGAUGGGAAGCAUUAUGCGAUCAAGGCCUUUCACAAAUCUCACUUGUUAAAGCUCCGAGUAGCACCCUCUGAGACUGCCAUGGGUGAUGUUCUUCGUGAGGUUUCAAUAAUGAAAAUGCUGGAACACCCGAAUAUAGUGAAUCUUGUUGAGGUGAUUGAUGACCCCACAAUGGACUACUUUUACAUGGUUCUCGAAUAUGUUGAAGGCAAAUGGGUUUGCGAGGGUUCUGGUCCACCAGGCGGGCUAGGAGACGAUAUAGCACAGAAGUACUUGCGAGAUGUAGUUUCUGGGUUGAUGUAUCUACAUGCUCAUAAUAUCGUGCACGGUGAUAUUAAACCUGACAAUCUUUUGGUUACUGGUACUGGUACGGUAAAGAUAGGCGAUUUCAGUGUCAGCCAGGUUUUCCAGGAUGACAAUGAUGAGCUUCGACGCUCCCCUGGAACUCCUGUUUUUACUGCUCCUGAGUGCUGUUUAGGCUUAACCUAUCAUGGCAAAGCUGCUGACACUUGGGCGCUUGGAGUUACCUUGUACUGCAUGGUGCUGGGGAAUUACCCUUUUCUCGGAGAUACUCUUCAGGAUACAUACGACAGGAUUGUUAAUGAUGAAAUAGCACUUCCUCCUGACAUGAAUCCUUUGCUCAAGAGCUUGAUUGAGGGACUUCUUUGCAAAGACCCGAGGCAGCGGUUGUCUCUGGAAAAUGUUGCUGAUCAUCCUUGGGUAGUUGGAAAACAGGGGCCUAUUCCUCAAUAUAUUUGUUGUUGUAAACGUAACAAAGUAGGUGAAAGGUCUGAAAUGCUUUGAUAUGAGCUGGAGAAUACUAACAGAAAUGUCCAAGUCUGUUGUAUCUGUUUGUACAUUACCAGCUAGGUUUUAUCUCUUCCCCGCCCUCUCCUUGUGGUGAGUCAUCAAACUAGUAGCAGACAACUAUGCUUCUCAGUAUACCUUGUAGACUUGUACUAAUAGGUCCUCGAUUGAAUAUACUUUGAGUGGCCUUAAUUGCAACUUUGAAUAUGACCAAAAUUUUCUUUCAUUUAAUGGAUUAUCCUGAAUAUUCGGUUAUA